AUGCCAUUUGGUGCCAUUUUGUGUUUUUUGCUUCUUUUGGACCAUGUGAUUUUCACAGUGGCUGUUAGUUCAGAUCAUCACGCAGCUAAUGGCAGGCCACUGUUGCUUCUAUUGCGAGGCUGGGGCAAAGAGAUCCCACCCCCUUCACUGAAAGGGAAAGAAAAAGAAGCAGCAGCCAGAGCAGUGGAACCAGAAGUGGCUGAGAUCCCUCCAAUGCCGCUUCCUCAGAUCAUGCUCCCUCGUAACAUGACAGCCGAUGCCCUGAAACCCCCACUGGGGGCUGCACAGGUGGCGCCACCACCACGUCGUCUGGUGGACGUUGACGUGUGCAGGGGCUAUUAUGAUGUAAUGGGACAGUUUGACCACACCUUUAAUUGUACAAAGGGCACUUACAUCUACUGCUGUGGCACUUGCCACUAUCGCUUCUGCUGUGAACAUCAGCGCAACCGGCUGAACCAGGAUGUAUGCACCAACUACAACUCGCCCGUCUGGGCCAACACACAGGUGCCUGCCACUCAGCCUCCAAGCCGUUCGGACCCAGACUUUGACCCUUUGCAGCAGCAGAGCAACAAUACAGUUUAUGUCAUCGGUGGUGUCAUCUCUUUCACAUUGGCCGUGGCCAUUGGGGUGAAGGUGGCUUUCCGCAAGGUCUCCCGUAGACCCAGGAACCGAGAUCUCAAUAUGCCCAGAGCACUGGUUGAUAUAUUGCGUCAUCAGUCCAGCCCAAUACAGCAGAGUGACAGAAACAACAGCAUCACCGCCACCAGCAGCAAAGGCAAUCUGGGACGGCAGUCCAAAAAACAUUACACCCCUAUCCUCCAGAGCAAAGAUAACCGGAUUGGGAAACAUAACUUAAUCCAGUCUGGGUCCAGCCCCAAACACACAGCUACUAUAGAGCGUGUACCACGGAUGAACAAUGCCCAGCUAACCUCCACAGGAACGCUGAUUUCCAGUAAGACCAACAAUACAGGCCAUCAUCUAACCAUCUCUCAUUCCUUUCACAACCUGGCCCAGCUCCCUCCAACAUAUGAUGCUGUUAUGAAACCUGAUAUCAACCGUUAUUCCUCCCUCAAGAGACUAGAAAAAGAUCUGGAUGAUUACACAAGUUAUUAUACCUCAAAAAGGCAAAUCAACGAUGCACCACCUUCCUUCCACUCCUCCCAGCACCACCUGCAUUGGAGUGGUGAUUACACUCUAGGGACAAAGGGCACGCUGCCCCGACACUCAUCCCGACCCCAAAUACAUGUACCUACCUCUACGUCCACACCAAACCCUUACCCUUUACCCCAGUCACCGUAUAGUCCCACCUUUGGGACAGUGAACCAGCCUCCACGCCGGGUGAUGUCUCAAGACCAUCUGUUGGCCUUGGGGGAGGCAAACACCCCGUCUUACUUGUCUAAAAACCAGCAGCACCAGUAUUACAAAGCCAUGGCCACCAGCAAGAGUUCCAACUCAAAGGCUCUGAGGAAGUCCCAUGAACGCCUCCUGGUGUCACCUGAGGAAAGAAUGAUGGGGAGUGCAUUGGGUGACUAUGGGGGGAUGAUGUCUCAUCUCAGCCACCAUAAGAAAACGCAGUCACAGCAGAAUGUGUGUGUGACCCCAUCACUUGAGCGACACCACAUGAUCAAGAUGAAUUCGCACCCAACGUCCAGCUGUGAACCAGAGUUCACAUCCAUUGCUGCUGCCAUAUCAGCUGGCCAUGGAACUGGUACUCUGGGUUGGGGGGAAGGUCAUGGGUCCACUGGUGGAGCUGUAACGAUAGGCCAAAGUGCCCGCAGGAUGGCCUUUGCUGCAAAGCGGCAGAACACCAUUGAACAGCUGCACUUCCUGCCUGGGGCAGGGGGAGGCAGUCAGGCACUGUGGACAGGAAGUAAAAAUGAAGUUACGGUGUAG